AUGUCCUCCAACGCAGCUCAGAACAGCUCAGUCUUAGGGGAGUCGUGGGUUGUUCCUGACCUACCUCCUGGGCAAACACGCGACGAUGGCGAUGCCGAAUGUGUGCACAAUAAAGGCAGCUCAGAACCCAGAUCGUACAGAUCUGAUGGAAAGUCUCCUUCAGAAUCGCAAAUCACGUCCACCUCUUCCACCUCCGGACCAGAGCUCAUUAUGCCAUCGAUAUCCAUCGACAUGACCUCCGACGGCUCUUGGGUCGUACCCAGAAGACGGAGCAAGCAGAUUUCGCCUCGAGAUCAAGGCAUGGCCUCUUCUGCAAGCCAGCGGGACCAAGGAUGCGCGACGGAUCGGCACAAGACGCCUGCAGAUACCCCUGCACCAGCUGCAAGUGGCAUGGAGUUUGUCCUUCACAAGAUCUCUUACCUGGCUCAAAGAUUAGGACAGAGCAAGGUCGUUUGGAUGGCUGUCAAUACGAUCCUUCUGAUCCCUAUGUUGCACCUCCUCAUCCUUCCAGAGCUGCUGUAUCAGUUCCCACAGCUCUGUCAACUGCCUUCUGCUUCAACUCUUUACCCAAAGACCUGUGUCGUCCACAACGGCACUUCCCCCAAACUUGCCGGUUUGCCGGCAAGUUAUCAGCAUGCUGUCAAAACCAGAAUUCAGCUGCAAGAUUUCUUAAACCAGACUGUACAGGCAUUGACACCGCUCGACAACCCGCUGAAGCUCAGUGACCGGGAAUUUCGACAAAUAUACAACACCAUACGUGACACUUAUCCUGGAGCCAGACAUGAACUGGAUCUUGAAUUCGAAGGCGCCUGGACAGCGCUUCGAAGCGCUUCUCGAGAGCUUGACACUCUCCGAGUCGGCUUGAAAUCGAUUUCUGACAACUUGGUCUCGCAAGAAGCACGGAGGAGCCGGGACGCACAGAAUCACCCGGGCCUUUUACAAGGAAAGAGCUCGAAUGAUGAGAGUUUUUGGGGCCGUUUUCUGUCGUAUGGUUCAUCGCAGAGGGGGUCUGAAAAGGGCACUCUGCUCGCAAGUCAACUGAGUCGUCUUGAGCAGUUUCUGGAUACGGCUGUCUCGAGGCUUAGUUCUGAGACGGAUUCCCUACUCACUCACCUCGCCACUCUAGACGACCAUCUCGAAUCUAUUCAACAGGUUAUCAUGCGCGAGGAGGAACGAGAACACGGUUCUUCUUCAGAUGCUCGCAAUGCGAUUGCGGCAUUCCUUGAACCGAUGUGGUCGGCCCUCAGCGAGAGGUUUUCUUUCCUCCCAUCAAACGUUUUGGUGUCGAGGUCGCACGACAACUCUUCCAAUGCGGCUCUUUCCGGCCAGCUUCGUCGCAUCUCAGCUCACCACCAUCCGAUGGCGAGCAUUAUUGGCAAAUUGGACAAGGAGCUCAAGGCCCUGCAAAAGAUUCGAGCGAUGCGAGUGUGA